GUCUGAUCUGCGCCUGCGCACAAAGUAAUUCGACCCUCAAACCCGGAUGUAACCAACGCCUAACCUGUCUGAAGAAAAAACGAUGCAGACUAUAAAAUGUGUAGUGGUAGGAGAUGGUGCUGUAGGAAAAACCUGCUUACUGAUCUCCUACACAACCAACAAAUUCCCCUCAGAAUAUGUGCCUACGGUUUUUGACAAUUAUGCAGUGACAGUGAUGAUCGGGGGGGAGCCCUAUACACUCGGCCUUUUUGACACUGCAGGUCAGGAGGAUUAUGACAGGCUGCGUCCUCUCAGCUAUCCACAGACUGAUGUGUUCCUUGUAUGUUUCUCUGUCGUCUCCCCCUCAUCAUUUGAAAAUGUCAAAGAGAAGUGGGUUCCUGAGAUUUCUCACCACUGCCCACGCACACCCUUUCUGUUAGUGGGCACACAGAUGGACUUGCGGGAAGACAGCAACACAAUUGAGAAGCUGGCAAAGAACAAACAGCGCCCCCUUUAUCCUGAGAGUGGAGAAAAGUUGGCCCGAGAGCUCAAGGCUGUCAAAUACGUGGAGUGCUCUGCUCUCACACAGCGAGGGCUUAAGAAUGUGUUCGACGAGGCCAUCCUGGCAGCCUUGGAGCCUCCUGAGACCAAAACCAAGAGAAAGUGCAUUCUGCUAUAGAUGAACAACAACAGUGAGGGGUAUAAUGGUGUAAGAAGUGGGCGGGGUGAAUCAAAACAUCAGAAAGAUCAAUGGCCAAUUAUGACAAAAAGGACAAAACAAAAGGGGAAGGGAGGUACAAUGCCAUUGAUACGUAUUGUAACACACAUGUACACUGAUUGUGCCUUUAAAAUAAACUUUGAAAGAAGCUGAGGGGGCGAAACUAAAUGCAGCAAGUGUCACAUUUCUCCUUAUCUGAAAGCUUUUAGAAAUUGCAGUGUUCUCUUUACAAAUAUCCAGGUGGGGCGGGCCCCCCCUGCCUGUCAUUGUUGCCCCUCCCCCCUCCUCCUUUUUUUUAUUUUAAAGAAAGAUUUUUAUAUUCUCACUUUUGGCCUCCUCUGUUUCACUUUUUGUGGCCUUAUAGGACUUUUAAACAAACUAUAAGAAAAUAUAAAUGGACAAACACUUCAGUUACAUUUAACAUUAAGUUUUUUUAGUGAACUUUGGUUAGUACAUUAAAAGGGGCAACUUAAUGUUAAGUGGUACUCUCUCUGCUUUCUUUUCUGACCAUUUUGGUUUGAAUGAUGGCAGCACAAGAGAUUUAUUGAGAUAAAAGUAGCAGUCCAUAAUGGCUACUCUAAACUCCCGGUGAACUUCAGGGAGGCCAAGUGCAUUUUCACCAAUUUCCCUUCUCCAGGUGACUUAUGAAUUUAUAUUUUAUUCUUCUUUUGUGUAUAUUGUAUUGAUUCUGUGCAUUUGUUUUGGGAAAAAUUUAGCAGUUAUUCAUUUUUGAAACUUGAGUUUUUAUUUUUUCCAGUUUUUUUUUUUAUUGCUAGAUUACCAACUGAGUGAUUGAUAAUAUAACAAAUUAUGCUGUUAUAUUUUGAAUAGAUCUUCAUCUUCAUAGAGAUGAUAACCUUUGCUAGUAAAAUUUUGGGUGUUUGUAAUCACAGAAUAUUUGUAAUAAAAUUGUUUAACUGA